GCAUGAAUGGGUGGAAGUGAAGUGCAAAAUCAAACAGAAGUGAAAGAAUUUGUUUUGUUAGGGCUCUCAGAUGACCCUGAGUUAAAACUUAUCCUCUUUGUGGUGUUCUUUUUCAUCUACAUGACCACCAUGUUGGGCAAUCUGGGCAUGAUAAUAUUGAUCGCAGUAGAUUCCCGACUCCAUACCCCAAUGUACUUCUUCCUUUUCAGUCUUUCUUUUGUGGAUGCCUGUUACUCUUCUGCUGUCACUCCCAAGAUGCUUGUGAACCUCUUGACUGAGAACAGGGCCAUCUCUAUCAAUGGCUGUGCUGCCCAGUUUUAUUUCUUUGGCUCAUUUUUAGGCACUGAAUGUUUCCUAUUGGCUGUUAUGGCAUAUGAUCGCUAUGUGGCCAUCUGCUAUCCACUUUCAUAUUCAGUUAUCAUGUCUGAAAAAGUUUGUUUCCUGCUGGUAGCCACCACAUUCUUUGCUGGCUUUGGGAAUGCAGCUGUGCAUACAGGAAUGACGUUCAGACUGUCUUUUUGUGCCUCUAAUCGAAUCAAUCAUUUCUACUGUGAUACACCACCCCUCCUGAAACUCUCCUGUUCUGAUACUCGUAUCAAUGGAAUUGUCAUCAUGGCUUUCUCCAGUUUCAAUGUCAUCAGUUGUGUGCUGAUGGUCCUCAUUUCUUACCUCUUUAUCCUUGUCACGAUCUUGAGGAUGCGCUCUGCUCAGGGCAGGAGCAAAGCCUUCUCCACUUGUGCCUCCCACCUCAUGGCUGUCACCAUUUUCUUUGGAACAAUUCUCUUCAUGUAUUUACGUCCCACCUCCAGUUACUCAAUGCAGCAAGACAAAGUGGUCUCUGUUUUUUACACAGUGGUCAUUCCAAUGUUAAAUCCUCUUAUAUAUAGCUUAAAAAACAAGGAUGUAAAGGAUGCCCUAAAGAAAAUUUUGCAGAGACAUAGGUCAUAA